AUGAGUGCACAUCCGAAAUCAUCUGAUAGGUCCACCACGGCACCUCCAAUAGACACUGCAAAUCAACCACCUCCUCUGUCCCAUACCCAAGUUACCUUUGCACCGUCAUUGGCAAACAUACCCGAAGAGACUUUCACCUACCCCGCUUCCAGUUUUCCAUACACUUAUCCCCAUAACAUCCAAGUCAACCCGGCUAGCAUUCAAGCACCUCAGAAUUACCCGAACUCUCAAGUACCUCAUCACACCACCACUAAGCCACUCUUGUUAGAUACUGCUAUGCAAGGGAAGGUGGAAACGGGUGAAUCUUCCACCCCAAUAAACAAAAAUCUAUUGAAAAGAUUGGAUAAAUUUGAGGAAUUCAUGAAAAAAAGCCAAAGAUUGAGCAAGUCUGGAGGCUUGGAUUACGAUGAGUUGUGUCUUUUCUCAGACAUGCAAUGGCCCUUGGGUUUUAAAACACCCAAAUUUCGUAAGUAUGAUGGAACUGGUAACCUCGAGAUGCAUUUAAGACUAUUUGAAAGUAAGUUGGGAAAGCCAGUAAAUGAUGAAAAUUUGCCAAUACGUUUAUUCCCCGAGAGCUUGGAAGGCGAUGCCCUGGAUUGGUACUCCAAUUUAAAGCCUAAAGAAAUGAGGACAUGGGUGGAUUUCUCAACCGCUUUUGUAAGACAAUAUGAGUACAAUUGCGAGCUUGCUUCAACGAGGACCACACUUGAGGGGACCAAGAGGAAACCAUCGGAGGAUCGUAAGAUGUAUGCCAAACGUUGA